UAAUGCCAUGAUUGCCAUGCGGAAGAGCUGUCAUAAAAGAUGUCAAAUGGCUUCACACAAGAAGGACUUUAUUUACUCCUGAAUUUAAUAGAAUUCGUCCUAAACAUCGUGUUUAGUGUAACAAACUGUGUAUUUCUAAUAUUCAAGUUGUUAUUACAUUACGUUUUUAAUGUAAACAUGACUGAAGCGCCGAAAAAGAAGAAGAAAACUACGAAUGAUCAACCUAACCAAACUAUUGCUUUCCGCGGCGUUAUUGAUGCAAACUGGCAGAAAUUCUUAUCAAGCAACCUCAUAAUGGACAAGAAGACGGAGAAACCAGCACAGGAAAAUAGUAAAAACCAAUUUUCGGGCACAUUCCGACGUGCAAGAAAGAAAAAAAAUAAAGACCAUGACCAUGUCCAAAAUAACUUGAAAACUCUAAAUUUGACGUCGAACGCGGAUAGUAUAGCCAAUAACGUAGAUAAAGAAGUCAAUAGUGAAUCGAAUAAUGUUAAUGGUGGUGUUAAAAACAAAGAUAAUAGUAAAAAAAAUCGUCUUACAAAGUUUUUGGCGAUGGAUUGUGAAAUGGUGGGUAUAGGGUACAGUGGGAAUGAUCACAUGUUAGCUAGAGUGUCUAUAGUCAACAAAUUCGGCGACUGCAUCUACGACAAAUUCGUAAAAGCGCGCGAAGAAGUCAAAGACUAUAGAACGGACAUCAGUGGUGUGAGAAAAGAGGAUUUGUUGAACGGAGAAGACUUUACCGUGGUCCAGAAAGAAGUUUCAGAGCUCCUUAGAGGUCGUAUACUAGUGGGGCAUUCGUUGAAGAAUGACUUGGCCGUUUUGUUUCUGUCACACCCCAAAAGGAAUAUCAGAGAUACAUCUAGAUAUAAACCGUUUAGAAAGAUAACAAAAGGCAGUACUCCAUCGCUCAAGCGCUUAGCCAAAGAGAUACUUGGUAUAGACAUACAGUCUGGUGAACACAGCUCCGUCGAGGAUGCACGGGCAGCGAUGCAGUUGUACUGCAGUGUCGCUAGACAAUGGGAGCCGACGUUAGCUGACAAACGGGGGAAGAAGAAAGUUAAUCCUGAUGAUGAAUAAUAGUUAAAACCAUUCAUUAAUAUUUAAAUUGACUUUAACUUCUGUACUUAGAGACAUUUAAUGAUUACUUAGAGGGCAAAGGCCUCCCUACCCUCCUUCCACUUCUCUCUGCUUAAAACUUUUUGCUGACUCUUACUGACCUAAAACCACCCCGUUCCUUCUCCUGCUUCGAGCCGGAGCCCUGGUAACCUGUUACGUUGUCCGCAGCUCUCGGUUACUCAAUAAAGAUUUUGUAUCGAAAACUAUAAGGUAUAAUUUUGUUAUUUUAAUGUCCGUCUUGUACAUUAUUUUAAAACAUUAGACACGUAUUUUUUAUUUUCUUACGAAAACAAAUACUUUCGAAGAUAUUUUGAUUUGAAAUAUCGCGUGACGUCACUUCUAGGUACGAUUUAUACGUAGAAAUAACGUAUUCGUACCCAUUAACGCUCCUAAACUUUGAUUCGUUUUAUCUAAGUAUUUUUAUCUUAUAUGACAAAAAAAUACGUGUCUAAUUUAUUUUCAUUAUCUAACUGACGGACUAAAUAGAUAUUUAAUUUUCAUACCCCGUCAUCAUCGCUAUUGCUAAGGACUGGGUUAAGUAACCAUUAAAUGACUCUGAGUACAGCGAUAAGGCCUAGUUAGUUCUACUUGACAUAUUUCAAGAGAAACAAGGUUCUUAAGUUGACUGUAUUUUUCAUAUUUUGUCUCUAUUGACGUAAUAAUUUUUGGAAAUACCACAAAACUAUAUUUUCUUUUUUCCUUUUUUUUUCUCUUUUCAACAAGUCUUGCGAAGGCUUAGCAGACCUAGAGAUGGCGAACCUUUGCGUAACGACAUGCCAUUAUUUUGAAGAAAUAUUUUUUGAGGUGCUGCAUGUGCCAUCAAAAUAAUCUAAUAUAUAAAAUAUCCGUGUCACAGUUUUCAUUGCCAUACUCCUCCGAAACGGCUUGACUGAUUUUGAUGAGUUUUUUUGUGCUUAAAUAGACCAGGAAGACACUUUUGAACGUCAAAUAUAUGAUAAUAUUGCUAACGUCUAUUCUGUCGGUCAAUCCUCUAGUUGCUCUAUUUGCUCGUUCCAAAGGGUAGAUUCCUAUGUAGAAGAACGAGCAUUUUUUAGAAACUCCAUAUUUUUUACUAUUUUUCAGUCAUUUUAUUAAAAAUACAAUACUUGGUUUCAUUGUCUCGUUGGUCAAACUAUUUGAUCUAAACAAUAUGAAGAUUUUGUGAUAUUCAGUUAAAGUGACUCUUUUCAACAAGUCUUGCUAAGGAUUGGCAUGUGUUGUAGUUAUUUUUUACUUUGGUAUGAGAUCAAACAAGAUGAUUUUGUGUAGAUAUUAAAUUAAGAUUGCCUUGUAUCUAAAUUCGGAGUUGUAAACGAAAAUGUGUUCCUUCGUUAAAUGUUUCAUUAUAAAAAUAAAUAUAUUUUUUAUAUUACGA